CAUUCAUCUGUACGUUAUACAGUAAGCUGAGGGAAGGGGGGGUUUUCGUUUUCUUGUGUUCGUAGGAGACAAAAAGAGAAAAGAAACCCUAAAAAGCUGCUUCAAGUUUCGAGCUUUUUUCUCCCUGUUUCUAUCUCAGCAGCAUUUAUGCUUCUUAGAUUUGCUGCACUGCCUUGUUUCCGUCGAGGCUGUGUUUGAUGUGAAAGGAGAAGCCCCAGGAGCGAACAAAAAAUGGCGAAAUCAAUGCUUCUGGUUGGAUUUUCAGAGCUGGGAAGCUUUUGAUGAGAUCGGUUCUUGUCUUGGAGCAGAGUGGACAUAAUCUAUAGCAUCUAUUUGAUCUCCUGGGGGGGUGGGGGGAUUUUGCCUUUUUUGGGGUCUAGAUCCAAAAACGAGACACUCUACUUCCAUGUGGAUGUUUCUUGGGAAGCUUUGACUCAGUGAUUUGAUCUAAAGGGCGAGCUAGAAAAAGGGGAAAGAAGCUAUAUUUGAUUUUCCUGGAAAAUUUGACGCAGCUUCUCUCUUAGGAAGAUUGAGAAUUUGAAUUUUCUUGCUUUUGGGGAAAGAAGGUACAAGGAUCUUUUGGGAAGAAUCUAGUGAAGCAAGAUUUUAUCUUUUGGGGCUACAGAGGAAGAAAAAUGCCGGUGAAUGAAUAGCUGGGUUGUGACAUUUAUGUGUUUCAGUGAGGAAGGGGGGGACGAAUAGCAGCAAGGUCUUGUCAUGUCUCUUUGAGUUUUGUAUCCAUCUGCAAAUCCUUACUGGAAGGACAAAUCUUGCAGUGUCUCUGAUGCUUGUCCUGAUUCCCAUCUCUGUGGGGGCAAGCAAAUAAUUGAAGCAGCAAAGCUUGUUGUCUCAGCUUUUAAUUUUUUUUCUUUUGCUGGCCAUAGUCCUCUGAGCCAAAACCAUCUCCAAGAAAGUACACACGGCUUGAGAUUGGGUUUUUUUCCUUUGGGUGACAUAUAGGCUGUUGUUAUAGUUCUUGCCUUUACUUCUCCAGCUUUGUGUCUUAAAUGAGUCGGCUACAGAAGCGAGGGAAACAGGAAACGCAAGGGCCUGAUGGGGCAGAAAAGGUUAUUGUGGCUGUUAAGGCGUCCAGGGAGAUCCCAAAGACAGCCCUGGUUUGGGCCUUGACUCAUGUUGUUCAGCCUGGGGAUUGCAUAACACUUCUUGUUGUUGUCCCUUCUCACAACUCUGGUCGAAAACUAUGGGUUUUCCCAAGGUUUGCUGGGGACUGUGCCAGUGGUCAUCAGAAAUCUCAUUCAGACGCAUGUCCGGAGAUAAAGAGCGAUCUCACUGACACUUGUUCCCAGAUGAUUCUUCAGCUCCAAGAUGUCUAUGAUCCAAAUAAGAUAAAUGUCAAGAUUAAAAUUGUCUCUGGAUCACCCUGUGGAGCUGUGGCUGCGGAAGCGAAGAAAGUUCAAGCAAACUGGGUUGUAUUGGACAAGCAGCUUAAGCAUGAGGAGAAGCGGUGCAUGGAUGAGCUGCAAUGUAACAUUGUAGUGAUGAAGCGUUCUCAAGGGAAAGUGCUGCGCUUGAAUUUAGUUGGAUCAGCCAGAAAGGAGUGUACCUUACCAACUAGACAGGAAGCAACAUCUGAAAAGCAUAUGGAGAACAAAAUGGGUUCUUCAGAUUCUAUUCGAGGGCCGGUUGUGACUCCUAUUAGCAGUCCUGAGCUCGGGACACCAUUCACAGGUACAGAAGCUGGGACUUCAUCGGUGUCCAGCUCUGACCCGGGAACCUCACCUUUUUUCACAUCUGGCAUGAAUGGAGGAGACUUGAAGAAAGUUGAAACAUUGGUCAUCAAGGAAAAUGAUGGUCUUGAUGAAUCUGGUUCUGAUACAGAGAGUGAGAAUGCAUCACUAGCUUCGACUAGUACGAGAUUCCAGCCAUGGAUAUCAGAAAGCUUGUGGAAAAAUGAUGAUAGAGGGGCUCAAGUAUCUACGGCAAAGGCAUUGCUUCAGAAGUACUCCAAACUCGAUGGGGAAGUGGGAAUGUCAAGUCGGAGGACUGACUUGGACUUUAGUGGAAACUUGAGAGAUGUGAUCUCACUCUCUCGAAAUGCUCCACCUGGACCGCCUCCUCUCUGCUCUAUAUGUCAGCACAAGGCACCAGUAUUUGGAAAACCCCCGAGGUUGUUCUCAUAUGCGGAGUUGGAGCUUGCAACGGGCAGGUUUUCACAGGCAAACUUCUUGGCAGAGGGCGGAUUUGGAUCUGUUCAUAGAGGUGUACUGCCGGAUGGCCAGGUAGUCGCUGUAAAGCAACACAAAUUGGCCAGUACCCAGGGAGAUGUGGAGUUUUGCUCGGAAGUAGAAGUUCUGAGCUGUGCCCAGCACAGAAACGUUGUCAUGUUGAUCGGUUUCUGCAUCGAAGAUAGCAGAAGGCUCUUGGUCUAUGAAUACAUAUGUAAUGGGUCAUUGGAUUCUCAUCUAUACGGUCGACAUAGAAAACCGUUGGAAUGGACAGCACGGCAAAAGAUUGCUGUUGGUGCAGCCAGAGGACUUAGGUAUCUGCACGAAGAAUGCAGAGUGGGUUGCAUUGUCCACCGCGACAUGCGGCCUAACAACAUUCUCAUCACUCAUGAUUAUGAACCCCUGGUUGGAGAUUUCGGUCUAGCGAGGUGGCAGCCUGAUGGGGACCUCGGAGUGGAAACACGAGUUAUCGGAACUUUCGGGUAUUUGGCUCCAGAAUAUGCUCAAAGCGGGCAAAUCACGGAAAAAGCAGAUGUGUACUCCUUCGGGGUUGUUCUGGUAGAGCUCGUCUCUGGUCGCAAAGCUGUGGAUAUUACCAGGCCAAAGGGCCAGCAAUGUCUCACUGAAUGGGCACGGCCUCUACUAGAAGAGUAUGCAAUAGACGAGCUCGUGGAUCCGAGGCUCGGGAAUCACUUCUCAGAGAGCGAGGUCAUUUGCAUGCUUCACGCAGCAUCGUUGUGCAUACGUAAAGAUCCCCAUUUACGCCCCCGCAUGUCUCAGGUUCUGCGCAUAUUGGAAGGCGACAUGAUAAUGGAAGGGAAUUACGCGUCGUCAACUCCAGGGUCUGAAGCUGGAAAUCGGAGCGGGAGGUUUUGUGUGGAUCAGCAACACUAUAGUGGUCCUCUUAAAAGUGAUGUUGCAGACAGGUUUAGUGAGAAACUGUGUCUUGAAACAUCAUGGGAAUGUCUCAGGGAAAGGGACAGAAGCUGGAGCUUGAUCCCGAACAAAAGUAAUCAGAGAACACAGCAGAUGUAAAAGAUAUAUAUACAUAUGUGUGUAUCGCCCUGGAGGAAAUUUUUUGGUUUUUUUUUUGUAUAGUGGGUGAAAAAGAUGGAUGCUGUUAUCCAGAAAUUUGGAUUUUCUUGCGGGAUUGGAAAUUGGGGCAAGUGAAAGUGAAAGGAUAACCUAGCCAUUUGUUUUCUAUCGAGAA